UAAUGCACUUCCGGUUGGGCUCGCAAGUGCUUGUGGGCAGUGAGAUUUUUGAAUAGGGAAGAUGGCAGCCGCGGCAGUGGUGGAGUUUCAGAGAGCUCAGUCUCUCAUCAGCACAGACAGAAACGCUUCUAUUGACAUUUUACACUCAAUAGUGAGACGUGAUGUCCAGGAUGAUGAUGAAGAGGCGGUUCGUGUCAAGGAGCAGAGCAUCCUGGAGUUGGGCACUCUCCUGGCUAAGACGGGACAAGCUGCAGAGCUUGGUGGCCUUCUGAAAUUCGUAAGGCCUUUCCUGAUCUCCAUAAGCAAGGCAAAGGCAGCACGGUUGGUGCGUUCGCUCCUGGAUCUAUUUCUGGACAUGGAGGCUGCCACGGGCCAGGAGGUAGAGCUGUGCCUGGAAUGCAUCGAAUGGGCUAAAGCUGAGAAAAGAACCUUCCUGAGACAAGCCCUAGAGGCUCGACUCAUUUCACUCUACUUUGACACAAAGAGAUAUCAGGAAGCCCUUCAGCUGGGUACCCAGUUGCUACAGGAGCUGAAGAAGAUGGAUGAUAAAGCUCUGCUGGUGGAGGUUCAGCUGCUGGAGAGUAAAACUUACCACGCUCUCAGCAACCUACCCAAAGCCAGGGCUGCCCUCACCUCGGCAAGGACAACUGCCAAUGCCAUUUACUGUCCCCCAAAGCUCCAGGCAGCUCUUGAUAUGCAGUCAGGUAUCAUCCAUGCAGCUGGGGAAAAAGAUUGGAAAACUGCCUACUCUUACUUCUUUGAGGCUUUUGAGGGCUACGACUCCAUCGACAGCCCCAGGGCAGUCACUGCACUGAAAUACAUGCUUCUCUGCAAGAUCAUGCUCAGCUUGCCAGAGGAGGUACAGGCCUUGAUCAGUGGCAAACUGGCUCUGCGAUAUGCAGGGCGACAGACUGAUGCACUGAGAUGUAUAGCACAAGCCAGCAAGAACAGAUCAUUAGCAGAUUUUGAAAAGGCCCUGACAGAGUACACUAAAGAGCUGAGAGAUGACCCCAUCAUCAACACACAUUUGGCCAAACUUUAUGACAAUUUGCUGGAACAGAACCUCAUUCGGGUCAUUGAGCCUUUUUCCAGAGUACAGAUAACACACAUAGCAGGCCUCAUCAAACUCUCAAAGGAUGAUGUUGAGAGGAAACUGUCACAAAUGAUUCUGGACAAAAAGUUUCAUGGCAUUCUUGACCAAGGUGAAGGAGUGCUCAUCAUAUUCGAAGAGCCCCCUGUGGACAAAACUUACGAGGCAGCUCUAGAAACCAUACAGAACAUGAGCAAAGUUGUGGAUUCACUGUACAACAAGGCUAAGAAGUUAACAUAGAAUAAACAUCAGAAGCUGCUGCUGUGUGAAAUGGUUGUAUGCGUGCGAGUUUGCCCGUGUGUCUGUGUGUAUGGCCAACAUGUGGAACUUUUUUUUCUCACAGCAAAAAGGGACAGCAUUGAGCAAGAUCUACUUGUUCCCCAGUUGAUAGUUUUUGAUGUUUCUUCUUUCAAACGGACAAUUUCAUCUUUCUGAUCCUCUGACUUUUUUGUUCUUCUCUGUAUCUCAACGGCCAACAGAGGCCAUCAGGGAAUGUUGUACAACUACAGUUAAAUCCUAAAAUGUCAUAUAGAACUGUAUAGCUCUUCUACAUUUAAAGUUUUUUAAUUACAGCAAUUUUGUGAUACAGACUCUUGGGUUUUGGUUAUAUGCGGUUCAUCGGUUUUUCCAGUAGUGCACAUAUUUUCCUGAUUUAAUGGAUGCACAUCCAAAAUGAUUGUUGUAGAUGAGAGCUUCAAAGGAACUUGGCUGUAAGGAAUAGGCUCUGUAAUAAGCACAGUUGCCAAUCAUAUAACCACACACACACUAGAAAAUUAUUUUCUAAGUUCAUAUGAUCAAGAGUAUUGUUUGCCGUUUACUUUUGCAGUAUACCGUCUUUACAGUUUUGUAUUUACAGUGUACUGUUUGCCAAGUAGGGUGGUUAUAUUAAACGGCCCAGUCCUACAAAGGUUUAGUCCUCUUUAAUUAAAAUACCCUUUUCCCCAACACACAUUUAUGUCUGCACUGAAAUGUAUUCUUUCACUCUUUUGUUUGUUCGUAGUGAUUUAUUUAUAUAUAUAUAUAUAUAUAUAUAUAUAUAUAUAAAAUUCUCCAGAUCAAUAUAUCAAUGCAAUCUCCAUUUCUAGUUUGCCAGCAAUAGACCAUUGUAUAAGUUCAAUACCCUCAAUAUUAAUAUUUUACAAUUCACUGUUUUGUACAUUUUUUUUUAAAAUCUCAUUGUUUUCCUGUAAAUGUAUACGUUCACACAUCCUUUGCAAAAAUAAUUUUUCAUUUAUUGUGUUCAGUGUGCAAUUAUAAAUAUUCAACAAAAAAAAGUAAUUUCUUGUGGGAGAAUGAUGUUUUUAAAUGACUUUGAAGUCUGAUGUUGAUUUGAGAGCUUCCUGCAUGUGAUUGUGAUUGAUUUGUAGUGGUGAUCUAGAAUCGAUCAUUGACAUGAGAAUUUGGUGAGACAUUAAACACUUUGGAAAGUAA